ACAUGAAAGACGCACGAAACAUGGCUGCUUCCUGUUAGUGGAGACGUUUCGCUCAGCUUUACUUUUCAUUAUAAAUAAACUUCGCAGCGGUAAUAAAUAUCUAGGAGAUAAAAGAUGCCAUUUGUUGUGAAGGAAGAGAAGAUGGUGGAAAAAGAAAACGAGGGAGACAAAGGCGAAAUGAGUUUAGAUGAUGGUGACAAAAAUGAAGAAAAGGAAGGCGAAACAUUUCCGGGUGAUGGCGACGGAGAGAAAGAGUCAUCAUCACUAGCCCCCGCUGAAAAGCUUGCGCUACCUGCUCAGGUUGAGAAAAAGCAGGUUUUUAAUCUCAACAAUGAGGUUGUGAACAUGAGGAAGGAGGUGAAGAGGGUUCGAUCGCUGAUUAUCAGGAAACUGACACGUCAGAUUGAAGACUUGAAGAAGAAGAAGGGAAAAGAGGAAGAGGUUGAGAAGAAUCAGAGAAGAGCUACGAGACUGCUGAAGGAGGUGCACAGCAUGAAGAAGCUCCGGCCUGAUCAGGUGACCAAGACCGCUUUGAGGAGGACUCUCAACUUUGAAAAAGUGUGCAAAAACCACAGGUCCACGAUGUCUGACCGAGCUCUUGCUCGCAUCGCCACCCACCGUCAGUUCGAUGAAAAGAUCCAGAACCUCAAAGCUGCUGUGGCAGCCUUCAAAGAGGAACGCAGCAAGGCUGGAAAGCAGGAAGCGGCCGCAAAGGUUCAAAGGCAACCUGAAAAGGCGACUCUGUCAUCUCCAGACACAAAGGUCGAAAGAAAAAGUGAAGAAAUCCUAGACGCUGAGGCUGUGGAGCCUCAAGAAGGCACAGACAGUGAGAAAGGGGUGGGUGUCCUGGAAACGGCUGAAGAUGGAGCUGCUGCCAACACUGGGAUGGAAACAGAGAAACUUGCUCAAAAAAAGACAAAGUCUACAGUUGUAAAAUCAACUCCAGUAAAAAAUACUCAAGAAAAAGGCCAAGUGAAACCUAAUCCUCCAAGUAAAUUAGAAGAAAACAAUCUGAAACUCCAGCCUGUUUUUGCAGUACUCGACGUAAAAACCGAUGAAGGAAGCGAUGUAGAGUUGUCGGACAAUGAGGCGAAAGAAUACUUCGAUGACAGUACAGAGGAGCGCUUCAAUAAGCAGUCCUCCCAGUCCGAGGAGAGCGAUGAUGACUUCUUUGUAGGAAAAGUGAGCAAAUUCAAAAAGAAGAAGAAGAAACAAGAGGGCGUCAAAGAGGAGAAGGCAUACAAGGCACAGCAGGAAAAAUCAGUGGAUCCUGGAGGUGCUUGCAACAAACUCCAACAGGAGCUUGAUGAGCUGGAGGCCAGAUUGAAACCCAAAGUGACGUCUUUUCAGUCCGUUUUCUGUCAAUCCCUGGCUAGAACUAAAACUGGGCGGGGCUUCGACAGAAGGAAGGGUGGAGCUGAAAUCCAAGACCAAGAGAAACUCCGAACUGCGAACAGGUUCAGAGAUGAUUUAGACCGACAGUUCAAUAAAGGUCAGGAAAAGACUACUUCAUAUUCAAAGUCCAAGUUCAGUGAGCCCUGGUCUGGUGGCAGACACCCAGAGGUCCAGAAAAUGGGGGGCAGAGGUGGCGGACGAAGCAGAGGAGAUGCUCGAAUGGGGAAGGAUCACAGAGGCAGAGGUGGCUCAUCUCAUCAGCCGCUGCUCCAUCCAUCAUGGGAGGCUAGCAAGAAAAGGAAGGAGCAGCAAGGACAGAUUCUGGCCUUCCAGGGGAAGAAGAUUAAAUUUGAUGAUGAUGAUGACUGAGAUGGUUUUAUUUUAUUGGAUAUUUUUUUGUCUUAUGAGAUCUAAAGAGUCCCAUUUUGUGCUCAACACCAGUGGUGAUCUCAGCUUAGGUCUUUGAUGUGUAGUACUGUAGGUAUGUAAAGUCCUACUGUAAACAUCAAAUCUUCAAAUGCUUGUGUGAAAUAACCAGACUUUUAUUUUGAAAAUGUUAAAGUUGUGAAACAUGAAUGCUAUGGUAUUCCACAUUUAUAAGAAAUAGAAAUUUAUUUUAAUGAAACCUUGAUUUAUCCUGAACACAGACAUUUGACAGUACUGAUUUGCUACUUUUACAAAAUCUGUUUCCUUUGUAAAGCUAAUGUAAAGACUGACACGUGGUCACUUUGGGGUCCCAGUGAAAACACAGGCACGGGGCUCACCACUGUCUUACUUUCCAUGUUUUUAAAGACUAUCUGUAUUUAUUGCUGUUUGUAAUAAAUGCCUGGUUAUUUACAAUUACAAUAAAACUAAGAUUCCUUAAAAAAGCA